CUGGGUCGCAGGCGACGACGCCGAUGACGAAACAACAGCCGCCGCCGCCCGUCCAAUCCCCCUUGCCAAACCCUCGACGAGCCGACCUGUGCCGCCGGCCGGUGAGAGCCCCUGCCGAGGGCGCCGAACCGGAGGAGGCGAUGCCGCCAGGAGGUAGCGGAGGCGAGCACGGCUACGGGGAGCCGGCAGCCGCCCGCGGAGGCCGGGACGAGGAAGAUCCAUCCCGUUCUUCGCAUCCGCCGCCGUCGCCGUUGCCGCCUGGCCUCGCCGUCAUUCCCAUGGCAUCUGAGAUGGAGAAGGAGAAGGAACUGAAGAAUGUGCGGCAGGAGGAGGAGGUUCCCGCGGCGAGCUUUCCGGCGGACGCUCUCAUGGAGAUCCUGUCACGCGUGCCCUGCAGGCCGCUGUGCCGCUUCAAGUGUGUGUCCAAAGAGUGGCUCGCCCUCUGCUCCUACUCCCACACCCGCAAGAUGUCGCUGCAGACCAUGUCCGGCUUCUUCUACAAUGAUCACGGCUUGCGUUUCCACAAUUUGUCCGGAAAAGGUCCUCCCAUGGUCGACCCCGACCUCUCUUUCUUGCGCAGCAGCUAUAAGCAUUUCUGUGUCACGCAAUGCAGCACCAGCCUUCUCCUUUGCAAGUGCUGGAAAGUUCCCUAUCCUAAGCAGCUCGGUUGGAAUUCUCUUCCCAAAGGAAAAACCGAGCAAUUUUUUGAAUGGCCCGAGGCCGACGAAUUCGAUUACGUUGUCUGCAAUCCUGCCACUCAGGAGUGGACUUCGUUGCCUCCUAUAGAAUUGCCUGAUCACCUUCCGCUUUUCCGCCCAGGCAAAUACUUUUUAGGUUUUGACGCGGCCAUUCCUUCCCGCUUCGUCGUGUUUGUGCCCCUGAACUCAUCUCAGACAUAUGGCCUGUCCGCGGACAUGGUCUACUCAUCAGAUACAGGAGGAUGGACUUUAACAGAGCACAAUGAUUUCAGUACAUAUUCAAUUAGUUAUUUUGAAAGCACCUUCCUGAAUAACACUAUGCAUUUCCCUACUCGUUAUUCGGAAAUAGUCACAGUAGAUAUGGAAAGGAAAGAUUGGAGGAAAAUUAAAAUGCCACGUGGCAUGACAAAUGAAUAUGGCGAUGUUUCCAUUGGGAAGUCCCAGGGACGCUUGUUUGCUUGGCAUAUAAAGGAUCAAGGUGAUUAUCAACUCUCUAUUUGGGUUCUUGAAAAUUAUGACAGCGGAAAGUGGACCUUAAAGUGUACUGUUAGCUGUUCCAAACUGUUUGGAACGGAUUGUCGCGAAAAUUACGAGUCCUACUCCAUGUUCGCAAUUCAUCCAGAAUGUAAUUUGAUUUUCCUUACUGACAAUAAGAAGAAGACAUUGUCAUAUGAUAUGGAUAAUCAGGAAGUGCAUAUUAUCUGUGCUACUGGAGAUUUCUUGGAAGGUCUACCUUACACUCCCUCUUUUGUGGAAUGGACAUCAGAUGGUCACUAAAGGCUUGCAAUACUUAGCAUGGCUCUAGUGUCUUGGUAAACAUCAGUUGUCGGGUAUAUCCCAAUUCUUGAAGAUGUGUGUUGGAUUAGUCUUAUGUAGCCAUGAAGAAUUUGUAACUGCCCUAUUUUGCUUUCAUGUAAUAAUUGUUGAUGUCACUCUUUUAGCUUCUCGUAUGGGGACAAAUGUGAGAUAAAUAUAUUAUCUAUGUUUGAAAUGUUUAUUUUCC